UCCUGGCUCGUCCACAUCUUCCCUCUUCAACGCCGUCGUCCUUAAUUUAUAUAAUUACAAAAUCUCCAGAGAAUUAGAUUCAGAUCUCUGUAUGGCGAUGACAAUCUUCCUUCAACAAUCUGCUUGCGCCGCCACAGACACUUUUCACAGGUGUCAGGCUUCACAAGUUGAUCCCAGAAUCAUCUCACAGCUCAAAUAUGAUCGGUCCUCCGCUCCAAACCACAAGCUGUCGCGGCUGCCAGACUUGAACCUUGGAUUCAUACUUCAGAUCAGAAGAAAUAUGUUCGUUAGGAAGAACCUGGCAGUCGUCCACGCCAGUGCACCCAAAGAAGCCCCUCUUCCUGCUCAUCCCUCACCUGGUGGUGGCCAUUAUUGGAAAGUUCAUAUUCUUGGAACAAUUGUGGCGAUGCUUUUAUCCUUUUCCAAGGGGAAAUGGGGACCGUUACUGAUACUGAAAGAGAAAGUUGAAACAACGAUAGAGGAACUGGAACAAAUCUCAGACGUCGUGGAAGAAGUGGCCGACAAGGUGGAGGAGGUGGCGGAAGCGGCUGCCAAGCAUCUUCCUGAGGGAAAACUUCAAGAUGCUGCUGAGUUCAUUGACAAAUUGGCCGAAGAAAUAGAAAAAAAUGCCCAUCUGGCAGGAGAUUUGUUAGAAAAGGUGGAAGACAUGGGCGAUGAGGUGGACUCGUUCCUCGAUUCAAACAACCAAGAUAAGACCGUCGUCAGCGAAGAAGCCAAAGAUCACAAGUGAAGAAGUGGCCAGUAUAAUACAUAAUUAAUUCCCUGUGUGGUUUAAUAUAUAUAUAUAUCGUUUUUAUUAUAACGAUGAUUUGUGAAGCCUUUUUGUAUCAACUAAUUAAUAAUGGGAUCCCUGCAACGUAUAGUCGCAUCC